GUUUAGGAUUUUCCGGAUGAGCUGCUUUUCCUUACCUCUGAACUCCAAAAUCUUAAUUCCACAAAAAAUGGGGUCUAAAAUGAACUCCCCAAACUCUCCAAUUCUGUGCAAAUUGCACACAAACCAGCCAUAUAACCCCAGAAUCAAAACCAUUGCCUUCUCUUCUUUCUCCAUUCAAAACCAACAAGCACCCACUGAUCAGACCCAACUCCCAAAGACUAGUGCUUACACUGUUAAAUUCAGGACCCUAGGAGCUUGUAAGCUCGGCAUCUCCAGAUAUCCUGACUUUGAGUAUAAUGCAGAGGGUGGAACUGGAACUGGGACUGGGACUGCCCCAAUUGUUGAAGAUAAUAGCUUGAAGGAUCAAGUUUCGGUUUGUUUUGACCUGAAAACUCUUUACGUUCCACCAUUGACCACUGCAACAACUAGGUUUUUGGGGUUGCCUUUUCCACCAUUUCUGAGGAUCGAUAUCGUUCCGGAGCUCUUCCAGGGGAACAUCAGUCGAGAAUCUGGCAAGGUUAAUCUUGAAUUCAAGGCUAAGUUUUUGUUUUCGGUGGGGAAUAUCUACAGAGCGCCUCCUUUGAUGGUGGCCACGGUGUUGACGUCGGAGGAAUCAGAAGGCAGAAUGAGGAGGGGGAGAGGGGAGAGGCUGGAUGGAGAAGGGAAGUGCAGGUUGGUUGGGGUGGCAACAGUAGAAGCCAUUGAUGAUGUCUUCAUGAACACCUUUCUCGGCCUUCCCACUGAGUGCCUUGCCAACUUGAAUGCCGUUAUUACCUACUCCACUUCUUAAAAACUUUCAAAUUCAGUAUCAUCCCCAUUGCCAUACAUCUUCUGGACUGUAUAAAUUUUUCAUUUAGAAUCUAUUUAAGCAGAAAAGUUACUGUAACA